CCCCGCACGCCCGCGCACGCCGCAGCCCCGCUCCCCGCCCGCUGCCUGCAGCCACCCGGCCGGGCCCGGUCGCUGUGUGCUGGGGGGAGGGGGCCGCACGGACUCGUCCGAUCCGGGCCUCUCCGACACCCCGAACCGAGGACGGGAGGCGCCGCGGUCCGGCAGCCCUGCGGAAAAAUGAUGCAUCCUGUUGCCAGCAGUAAUACAGCUUUCUGUGGGACUGGCAAGAGUUCUUGCCUUAACGAAGACAAUGUGAGAUCCACUGAUCAGUUUGACUUAUAUUCUACACAGCAAAGCAAAUACAGCCACACAGUCAGCCACAAACCAAUUGCAUGCCAGAGACAAGACACGUUAAAUGAAACACACUUGCAGGCCACAAGUGGCAGGAAUAUAGAGACAAAAGAUGAACUAAAGAAAAAGAAAAACCUCAACCGAUCUGGUAAACGUGGAAGGCCAUCGGGGACCACAAAAUCAGCGGGGUACCGAACCAGCACAGGUCGACCUCUUGGGACCACCAAAGCAGCUGGAUUUAAAACAAGUCCAGGCAGACCCUUGGGUACAACUAAAGCUGCAGGAUACAAAGUCAGCCCAGGCAGACCUCCAGGAAAAAAGCAGCAAGCCUUCAGGUGUUCCAGUGAUGCCUAACACAUAAUGAGCUGGACUUUAUGAUGUACUUUACAAUAGGUGGGUUGAAUUGUGAUUGAGGGACUAUGUAUGCACUGGCAACUAAGACAAUGAACCUCAACAAUACUGGAUGGCUCCUUAGUCAAUGUGUAAACUAAUGGCAGCUAAACUGCUACUAAAAUAUAGUUUCUCCAUGCUGAAGCUAUAAAAUCAAGUUACACUUUCUGUUCCUCAACAAACUGAAAAAUAUGACACUCUUAGUAAUUUUUCUCAGAAUGGUGUAACUUCUGAUACACGCAAAAAGCUAACAUGAGCUAAUUCACCCUCAGGAUAUGUGUUAUAUUGGCUGUUUUAUCAGAUGAUUUUUCAACAAAAGGCUGCUUUAAGUUUCCUGAACUCUUCCUGGAAAGCAGUCGUCUUCAGCUGAAUGUAAUAACUACAGGAGUGUCACACCUCGCUGUCAAGGAACACUUUGCAUGUCACCAAUGUACCUUCAAAUAAUGCCACUUCUUACCUCCUUCUGUUUAUCCUGUUCACCCGUUUCGUUUCUCACUUGUGCAUCUACUCAAUGGUGCUGUGCCGUGUGUCAGGAGAUAAUGCAGAUGUAUUAUUGUUCUACUAGAAUAAUGAAUUUUGUAUUCAAGUAUGUGGAUGAAAUAAUGAAAUCAUCUAAACAAUUUAUAUUCAUUAUAGUGUUUAUUAAUAUCAGAUGAAAUAUAAUCCCAGUAAAAAGAAUGAACGUUGUCAAUUGUGAAAGGAUGAACUAAAGUAGAAAAAUGUGUUCAUGGCAUCUGUAAAGGGCCACUUGGCACCUUGGAUUUAGCAAUGAGACCAGAAAGUGCAAUGUUGGGCACUUCCUUAUUCUGGUUUAUUUCAUCCAUAACUGCAGUUUACUGGUGCCAUGCUGUGGGAGAAAGAGCGAGAAGUCAAGAAGUCAAAGUGAAAUACGAAUGGAAUCUUCAAAUGUUUUUGCUUUGCCUAUUAUAUAUAAUCUACAGAAUAUAUUGUGCUUUUUUUGUAACACUGUCUGUUGUCAUGACAAACACUGAAACAGCAUGUUAAUGCCUAUACUUUGAUAUUAUCAAUGGGAAAACUGGCCUUUUCCACUAUAGUAUGAAAACAUUAUUUGUAAGGUAAAUCGCUAAUUUUAUAUUAUGUACAAUAAUUCUGCUCUUCAUAAGAUAGGGUUACUGUUAUGUACUAACACUGUUGAGAAAAAUGAUCUACAUGUCAAGUUUUGUGUUUUUAAUGAUUUUUUUAAAUAUCACAUUUCUAAUGUCUUAUUUAUACAUAAGUGAAACCUAAGUAAUAGAGAAUUCAAAAGCCAUUGUUUAAAAUACAUCCAGUAACUGCUAUUCAAUUUCCAAUUAAAUUUACAUCAACUUUAGAAUUCAGUAAUUUUGCUAUUAUUUUUGAAGUUUUGCACUGUACAUUUUCAGAAUGCUAGCAGCACAUACUGUCAGGAAAAAAUAUCUGUCAGAAAGUGGCUAACUUUUAAUACUAAAAUGGCAUUUUUAAAUAUCCACUGUUAGCUCUGUCAUUAAAACAACACAUUCUUUAUACAUUGUAUUUGCUUUUAAUUAAUCACACACAACUUCAUAUAAGUCCCAUUAAACAUCUUUGUUCUGAAAUAAUACAUUUUCAUUUUGUCUGGAAGUUUUCUUUGGAUUCAGUCAGGACAAAACCAAACCUAGUCAGUGGAGUGAUAUGUUUGGGAAAAGAAUUACCUUUAUCUGCAACAUAUGAAGUAAUUGAGAUCAGAACUUCACUUUUUUUAUCCAUUUUGAAGAGCUUUAAAAGGCAGAGCAAUUCAAGAUUUUUUGUCUGAAGGUUACUUUAGCUGUGACUCUGCUGUUCUUUGUACUACAUGUACAGUAAAGUUUAAUGCUAUUCCAACAGAAAAUUAAAAAUACAAAGCAAUUGAUCAUAAUCAUAAAAAACUUGGAACUGCAAACUUCAUUUCUGAUCACAAAAGUUUGUUCCCUUGAUUAUUAUUAUAAUACAUAUAUUUUAACAUUGCUUAAAUAUGUUUUUGAACUCUAGUAGACACUAGAGCCUUUUCCUAGUGAUUAUUCUCCCCAUGUAGGCAAAUCUAUGUUUUCAAAUUUUUGCAAGUAUAAUGAUUGUAGGAUAAAUUGUUAGGAAGAUUUUGCUUAUCAUGUAGUAAUUUGGACCACUUUGAUUCCUUAAUCUUUCACAGUUUGCUUUUCCCACAGGUUAUUUUGGAGGAGACAAUUACCCAAUAAAUAUCUAAUAUCAGCACCCUGUUCUCUGCUGUAAAAAGCCUGUUUAGAUGCUGUUUGUUUUUAUGUCCAUGAACUUGAGCUACUCAUGUGCAAUUAUGUGUAUGGGAAUGGAGUAGUCUUCAUGAUCUGUAUUUACAUCACCAUAUGGAUGUAUAUUUAUUAAUAAAGUCAAUACAUUAAAACCAAA